CCUUACGUGGCAAUCUCGCCGAAGCUAGCUAGGAAGUUUACAAAAUAUCCUCAAUAAUUUGUGCUUGUUCUGAGCCUCCUGUUGCGAUACAUGUGCAAUUUUAGGGGAUAUUUGAAAUCGCUGGUACACAGAGAAUAUACAAUUGUCACGUAACGCUAGCUAAAAUCUAAGCAUGUUCACUGCUUCAGAGAUCGUUGUUCUUCUUGUGUUCAUGUCUGCCACAGCGUCCGGCUACUUCGUUAGUAUAGACGCUCAUGCAGAUGAGUGCUUCCAUGAGCGGGUUAACUCGGGAACCAAGAUGGGCCUAAUGUUUGAAGUUGCUGAGGGGGGCUUUUUGGACAUUGACGUUGAGAUAACAGGACCUGAUGGCAAGCAGAUCUACAAAGGCGAUCGAGAGUCCAGUGGAAAGUACUCUGUGGCAGCUCACAUGGACGGGACCUACAAGUUCUGCUUCAGCAACAAGAUGUCCACCAUGACACCCAAGAUCGUCAUGUUCACCAUCGACAUCGGAGAGGCACCAAAGGGACAGGACAUGGAGACGGAAGCUCACCAGAACAAGCUGGAGGAGAUGAUCAACGAGCUGGCGGUUGCCAUGACGGCCGUCAAGCAUGAACAGGAGUACAUGGAGGUCCGGGAAAGGAUACACAGAGCCAUCAAUGACAACACAAACAGCAGGGUGGUUCUCUGGUCGUUCUUCGAAGCCCUGGUUCUGGUGGCCAUGACUCUGGGACAGAUCUACUACCUGAAGAGGUUUUUCGAAGUGCGCCGAGUUGUGUAACACCUCAAACCUUCCCCCUGUGACUUCCUGUUGCACUGUUAUUUCAGCACAGAGACAGCGAAACAGUCACUCCUGGGAAAUGAGACUCUUGGUAGAUUUCAUUAAAAGUCUGAGUACAAAUUGGAUCCCUAUUAUUUAAAAAUAAUAAUAAUGUUUUACCCUGUUACCCCAUCUGUUAUUUCCAUCUUUAUGUGCUUGUUACUGUUGUAUCUGUUUUGGACUCUAGACCUUUCAAAGAUCAUAGGGUUGAUGAUGUCAAGUUUGAUUUAUUUUCUCAUCACUGCGUAAGCAAAUUAUUUGUUAUGGAUUACUCCACCCAGCUUGGUCAACAGCAACUACUAGCCAGAGAGGUUGUCUGUCUGUCUCUAGUCAGUGGAUGGGAUGUAUAAAGUAACAAAACUGGGACCGGCAUUUGAGAGAUGCAGACUGAUGUUUAUGCAACAGUGUGUCCCUUAUUUGACCAAUUUUUUUGACACCUUUGCAACUAGUUAAUAUACAGUAUGCAUAAGCUCAAGGUGAGACACUUGGGGCUUGUUCAGGAGAGUGAAAUAUCCCAGAAUGUUCAUGUAGAAAUGUAUUGUGCAGAAGCGACAUGCUUUUCUGUUAUGUAGAAUAAAGGGUUGUGUUGA